ACCGGUUUUGUUUCUGGUUUCGUGAACGUUUACGCGCCGCGCGGAGUGGGACGCCACCCAUGCAACAUGGCGGCGAAACCGGGCAGUAUUCGAAGCGCUCCGAUCUGAGCCGUGCGCGAUGAACACCGAGGCCAUGUGAAAAUCCGGCCCGCACGUGCCCGUUACCCGAUCCCUUCGAAGUCCCGUCCCGCCAGUUCGUGCGCGUCACCUGCCGCCGCUCGAAGACCCAGCGCGCCGCGAAGAAAAAAAAGGUCUCUCCGCUCUUUUGUUUCGCUCGUGACGGAGAGCGAUCGAGUGCGUGCGCCUCCUGCAACGAUCGCUCUUUCGACCGCUGGCACCUUUGUCAACGACGUAUGGAUUACAGGUCGUGAUCUUUUUCCCUUCCCGGUUGAUUGCAGAAGCACGCAGACAUGGAGCGACAUUGGCUUUGGCUUUUUCUCACGUGGCUCCCGGCCUGCAGCUCCCUCAGGGGUCCUCGUAUCGUCUCGUUGGAGAACUCGACAGAGACCACACUGGACAUCAAGUGGACUCCCGUGGCCUCCACGAAUGUCAAUAUGUACACGGUUCGUGCGAGCCCCAUUCAAACGUACAGCCCAAUAUUGGGUCCGAGCCAAGAGUGGAAGUACACGAGUGCUCGCCAGGCGGGCCUCUUGGGCCUCCAUCCUGGCACCCUGUAUAACGUGAGUGUGUGGGCCGACACGUCCGAAGGACCUAGUGAGACCACUUCGAUUGUGGUUUGGACGGAGGUUGGAGAGCCAGACCUGCCACCAACUGUGCAAGUUCUGUCGCGUAAUGACACCCAGAUGGUCGUGCAGCUAUCACCAGGAACAAGUUCUAAAGGUCCUAUCACGGGUUAUCGAAUGAUUGCAUUUGAACGAAGCAGCCUCAUGGCAUUUAGCCCAGAGCGGCUGGCAGGGCAUCGAGAGGCUGCCGAGGCUGGCACGCCAUUCUAUGUGGCAGCUGAACUGGGACCCGAGUGGGAAAACAAGACUUUUGUGUUCGGCGAUGGCCGUUCCUACGGUGGAUUUCUCAACGCCCCGCUGUCGCCUAGCGAGGACUACCUUCCAAUUCAGGGCGUUGCCAGCUCACUCAAUGGGAUAACCAAGUACGCAUACUCUGUGGAGAGCCCAAGCACGGAACGGAUACAGCCACCCAUUAUUGUAAUGGACGAGCGGUCACAAGUGCUGUCCUCGUGGCUCUCUGCUGCUACGGCCCUGGGCGCCUGUCUCCUGCUGGCAUUCAUCGCGGCUUACGUCUUUGCCCGGCGCCACUACAGUCGCCGCAGGCGGCGCACCGAGGAGCUGAUGCUGCGCUCGCACCCAAGCCUGGACCUGAUGGACCCUCUCUUCCAGGAUGAUGUCACUCCCUUCAGUGCGGGUUCAUUGCAACUGGGCGAGGGAGCCGACCUGGGGGCAUUCUACAACCAGCUGCGCUCCAUGCUGCCCAUGGUGCCUCAGUCGCGACUGCUGCUUUCAGACACCAUGCUUGGCCAGGGCCGGUUCGGUCCGGUUCGAGCGGGCCACCUUGUCACGGAUGACAGCCGAAAAGUGCCAGUGAGCGUGCAACGCUGUCCAGCUGAGUGGACACUCCCGGACCAUGAGCGCAGAAGUCUCCUGGCAGACAUUGAGGGCAUGCUUCGCCUCGGCAGUCACCCCAAUGUAGUUCAGUUCAUGGGCGCUUGCGAAGAUGAGCCUGAACUGCUUCAGUUAGCCAUGGAGCAGCCUUCGAGUUCACUGCGUGGCCUCUUGCUGACCAGCCGCCACAGUGCAGAAGGCCGAGUGUCAGCAAUCCCUGAGGAGCGCCUGGUUGACCUCCUAGUCUCAUUGGCGGCAGGCAUGCACCAUUUGUCGUCCAGAGGGGUUCAGCAUGGCCAGCUGUCCACCAGGAGCAUAACCAUGGUCGAACCGUUGGUGCCCAAGAUCAGCUAUUUUGGUCUGGCUCGGUAUAGCCCUCUGGGGAAAAAACUGGACUUCACUCGCUGGUUAGCCCCCGAGACCUUGCGGAACGGAAACCAUACAGAAAAGAGCGAUGUGUGGUCCUUCGCAGUGCUUAUGUGGGAAACGUUCACCUUAGGUGGAAGUCCCUACGUAGAUCUGUCUACGUCAGAGGUGCCUGAGCGUGUGACACGAGGCCUGAGGUUGAAAAGACCACGAGGAGUGUCGAUUCCCCUCUAUCGGCUCAUGCAGCAGUGCUGGCAUCAGCAGGCCAGGGAUCGGCCCACUUUCCAGGAGCUGCGCUGCUCCCUCCAGGCCUUGCAACCGGAUGCCCUCCGGUUCACCUACAGUGCUGGAUAUGCAUACGACAAAUUCAACCCCUUGGCUGACGAAGCAUGACAUGCCAGCUGAGGACACGUACUCCAGCCAUGGCCGCUCGCAAGCGAAUCCCGGUGACCCGGUAGCUACAUUCCAUUGAGCCGCGACGGACAAUUCCUUCAACGCUUGCAAGCGGCAUUGUUAUGAAUCUCAAAAGGGGCACACAAGUUUGAUGAAGUGUUGCACAUAUGAGUGCGAGACGGCGUUCGCCAAGAAGGAAAGGAAGGGAUGGCGACGACGAUGUGUGGUGUUUUAUGGCGCAAGAGCUGGUGAUGGCCAAAGGGUACUGAGAACAGGAAGCAUGAUUGUUGUACUACUAUUUCAGUGUGGCUCGUGUUUAGUCUGUGCGUGUCGUGUACGUACGAGGAAAAGGUGACUACCCCCAAUUUACAUUUACAAGCACAACUCAAUGAAUGAGCGUCACGGGAGAAAAAGGCAUCGCUAUCUUGAAAACAUGGCAAAGUACCAAGUGACACCAAUUCACCUUAUACUAAUACUCCAAUUGUAUGAGGAGUAUUAUUAAAACAACAAUUGUAAAGUUUUCUUGUUAUAUAGAAUAGAGUUCAGCUAAAUCACUGGCAUGCAUGCAAACUCUUCUGAACUUUUUCUAAUGUUUAUAAAUUCGGUUCAGCUCUAUUUGCGAAUGUUGUGUAAAGUUUUUAACACAAAUUGUGCUUGCCAGAAAAAUAUUUUAAACAUAUUGAAGAGUCAGUCUAUGUAAUGAUGCAAAAAUUAGGUGCUGCAUGCCUUUCAUGGUAAUUAACGACACCUUAUACCAUGCUUGCUGUGAGCAACUUUACUUAAAUAAGUUUCUCAAGUACUACGCAAGAUAUGCAGAAGAGAAGUCCCUAAAAAUUGCUGUCUUAAAAACAGUGCUAUGCUGAGUGCUGUUUUUUAUCGACAUAUCUCCCAGAAAGAACUGACCAAAGGAAAUGUUUAAAAUGAGAAAUGCUAGUUUGCCAUGCUUUAUCUCUGCUUGGUCCUCUUACACAGCGUGUCUUUCAAAUAAUAAGUUCUUGAACACCGCAGCAGCCUGUCUUGCACAGCUGUGACAAGAAUCUCAUUGUUUUUUUAGCAAUGUGCUGAGCAUAAGUAGCUUCAAAUUGCCUUUCUGUGAUACCCUUACGUUCUCAUACAAAACAUGCAGUGUGCAUGACUUUUAAAGUUUCCGUCCUUUUUCAUCUGAUCUAUUGUUACAUAUUUUAUUUUAUUUUGUUUAUCUUUAAUGUGUUGGCAACUAAAACAAUGAGCCUGUGUGUACAUUCCAUGUGAAAUAGCGGUUUAAAAUGACUGAAUACAUAUGAAAACAUCAUUUUUAGCAAAUUAGAAUAUUGCCGCAAUUAUCCGUCCUUUAUCAUCUAAUCGAUAGUUACCUAUUUUAUUCCAUUCUGUGUACCUUCAUUGUUAUGGCAACUAAUGUAGUCUCCCAUGUGUGAAUUCCAAGUGAAAUGCGAGCUCGAAGUAGCUGAAUGUGUAUCAUAACUUGUGCAUCAUCUUUAGCAAAAUAAUCAUGCCGCAGCUAUUCAGCAUUACAUACUAAGUGCAGCAUUUCCUAUGCCACGCACUGUGUUUGAGGAGAUAUAAAUUCUGCCUUGCCAUCCAGUGAUACCACUUCAGCGGUAUCGUAGCACUGUGACAUUAAUACAGAACUGAUUCUCUCCUAUGGUAGUGCUUUCUUUGUAAAUUCUGUGCACCGCUAUAAAAGAAAAAAAAAAAACAAGUGUGUUGCCUGCGCCAAUUCUUAGCUACAUUCCUUUGAGCUAUACUAAUGUGACAGCUUGCUUAAUUUACCCGAAUCGGUACAGUACUGGUGCACCUGUACCCAAACCCAAACCGGUACACAAACCAAAUCAAACGUGACAAUUUGCUGGAAUCACCCGAACCGCUGCAGCACAGGUACACUCGGUUUCGCUGACCGUCACUGCCUUACACAGCCGCACCAAUCAAGACGUACCACUUGACGGUACUGUGCAUAGAACUAGCCGCCUUUUCGUCCAUUAUACCUCCGUUUGCUUUGAUGCCUCUUCGAAAAAGCACAAAUGAACAAAGCAGUAGCGCAUAUUUCGUGUCUUAUGUACAAUGCUGCCGGAUUGAAGCGUGACAUCAAGUAUAACAAUGUUGGUAUGUGCGAUUCUCGAGAGGACCGUGUCAUGUCGUUACGAAACUAGCCACCAAGGUGACACCGGCUCUGAUGUAGGUGUGCGGGCCAAUACUAUUAUGAUGGUACACGAUCCGAAAACUAUGGAAACAAAUGUAUGUGUGUUACUCAAGCCUAAAUUGAUACGUUCAUUAAUAUUCGUACGCACUGUACAAGGUUAUCCUCUUUUGUGCGUGACUUAUUAGAAUAGUCUAAUACAUAACAUCAAAAUUGGAACUGCAAUGUCCUUGUUGCAAAAAAAUAGCCUUUAUGUAGAGCGCUUAUUUUAAAAUAUUGAUUCAAGGGUCUUUAUUUUGCAUUAUCUUAGCUGUUUAGAGAAUAUAAAUCGGCUGAGGUUGUGUGCAUUUUUUCUUGCUAUGUACGCUACUAGAGUAAAAAAAAAAGGUUAACACUAAUUAAACACUGUGAAAUUGCAACCCUAGUGAUGGCAUCUUUUAAGUAAUAAAAGCCAAUCUUGGAAGGCCAUGUGAUCGGAUAUCACAAGUUUUGCUAACACUGCAAGCGGUCACAGCAUACUGAAUCAAAUAUGAAUAGCCAUGUUUUGGAGAGUUCUUAUGCAUGAAUGGCAAACACUUUUAACACUGCAAUUGUGAAAUUGCAGUCUAGUUUUUCCAGUGCGAGAAGUUCUCAGUGUAUAUUAUUGUGAGUAAGAGCGAUCUGUAACACUGCAGCUGGUCUGGUAGCAGUGACAACUGUUUAUCAUAGUGUGGUAUAGCAUCUUUGUAUAUCUGAGGCUGUGUGAAGUUUUCCAAGAUGUUCCAAUUAUAUGCAUUUAUACAACAAGUUUUCAAGCUUUCUCAGCACAACUGCAUUUGGACCAUACGUACUUUCAACACAUGUCCCUCCAUGAUUGCUCUUAGAUCUUGCAAACUCCUUUUUUCGUUUGCAGCGGUACUUUGUUGAUAUUUUAUUUGAUAUUGGUAUGGCUGUGUGAUAGUAGAGCUUCCCAGUAAUAUUUACAUCCAAUUAGUACGGGUGUCGCAUAAGCAUGUUCAAUUGCAAUCGAGCCCUGAUCGGUAUCGAAUUUCGCGACAGUGAUUAGCCCUCAUCCGCUCCUGAUUAAUAUAAGCCAAUCGUUGCCAAAACAACCAAUUCGAAUUUGGCCUGAUCGAGUACACUGUGUGAUGCUCGUAUAAGUCCCACUUUUAAAACUGCCCGACCUAUUACAUAGCACGCAAUUGCUGGUAUGGUACGCUCAAUUCUUACAGUUGGUCGCUACUUCGGGCACCGAUUCGUAUCGUGUGUGCAAUAUUCCAUCAAGCCUUUGUGUCCUGUUGUUCUUGUGGUAUGGAGAAUGUCUACUCAAGUUAGUUUAGUUUUUAUCAGCAUCGCUCAUCGCAGCUUGUGUCACCCGCUGUGCGCUGAAGGCACUGCGAGGACCGUUUGGCAAGAUUAUAUGUACGUCCUCUGCGAUGUCGUUCACUGCCUUUGUACAUUUACAAGGUUUUUAUACCGGUGCUUUUAUUUUUACGUUUACCGCUGGAGCUCGUCCUUGCAAUAUGCUCAGACAGACCCGUGUUAUUGAAAUAAAGAUAUACGUCAACUUUUUUUUA